GUUGGUUGCAGCAUUUCAUCAACCUUGCUGAGCGUAUGACAUGUUGUCAUGAAUUUGGUGCAUAUCGUCGCCCCAUUGCGCCAGUCGCCCAUGCAAGUCUAAGUCCGCAAUAUCCGCCCUGCGAGUAACAGUCAUGACUGGAACACGGCAAAGCUUGUUGAUGUUGCCGUUAUUGACUCCACGAGGCUCACGUCAUAGAGGAUCAGCCAGUGCAUGCCCAGGUGUUAUCGCAAUUCUCCCCGACACGCGCGAACGUUCGUACCUUGCACUGAGUAUGCCGACGUCAAGCCUCUUUAAUAAUUCUAUUGAGCGCCAUCAAAUGCCUUAUCUGAUCGAGUCAAACCUGAGCACUACCUACGCGACAUCCGAGUCCGGCUCACACAUAUCCGCGCAUAGCCAGACAGGCCUUGAAAAAAAGCUCCACGAUGUGUAGAAAGACGUCUACCAGCAUCGCCGCCGUUGGUGACGGAGUUGCUGUCGCUGGUGGUCCGCAGUUGUCAGGUCGUGCAGACGUCGAUUUUUUGAGCAGGACACAAUGGUGGAAUUGGUACGAGCCGAACACGACCAAGGCGGAAAAGCGGCUCAUUUUCAAGCUGGAUGUUUUCAUAUUGUCGUACACUUGCCUGUCAUUCUUCGUGAAGUACUUGGAUCAAACUUCGAUUACGAACGCCUUUGUCACGGGCAUGCAGCAGGCACUCAAAAUUGACAACAAUGAACUCAAUUGGUUGACGACUUACUACAACAUUGGAAUCAUCGUGGGGGCACCGUUCUUCACGUUUGGGCUCACCGUCGUUCCUCCCAGGUAUUGGCUUCCGGGAAGCACCCUUAUCAUGGCACUUUUUGUGCUCUCCAUGUUUAGGGCUGAGAAUAUCCAGGCACUAUAUGGCCUCCGCUUCUGCGCAGGCCUUUUCGCGAGUGGAAUCCAGCCAGGGUCAUAUUACAUUAUUGGAAGCUGGUAUCGCAAAUCCGAGAUUUCACGUCGCUCGGGCAUCUUUACUAUCUCGUCCAUUGCUGGAGGAAUGCUCUCAGGCCCAAUCCAGUCAGGCCUUGUGAAUAACAUUCGAGAUCGUGGCGCCAUCGCUGCCUGGCAAUGGCUUUUCAUACUCGAUGCCAUUAUCAGUAUCCCUGUGGCAAUUUUUGGAAUUAUUGGGUGCCCUGAUGAACCGCGCUCCGAAAAGAUUUGGUGGAUGACCGAAACAGAGCGUGAGAUCGCCAUCCACCGCCUCAAGACCGAAGGUCGUGAUUCUGAAUCGACCCUCGAAUUAUCGGUCCUGAAGAGGAUCUUCACUUCGUGGCAGUACUAUAUAUUUCCUUUGGCAUACUGGUGUGUAUACCGCUUGAUCAUCCGAUGGCCGAGGGAAGCAUCGCCUUGACUCACGAUUGUACAAAGCUUCAAGGAAUUUACGUGCGGCACAGAGAUGAUCAGAUGGAUGACCGUCUUCCUCCACAAUCGAGGCUAUUCCGUCAGCGAUUACAACACAUACCCGGUCACCGUCGGUUGCGCCGUACGUAAAAUGCUUCGCCCGCGUUGCCCGCGAUCAUGUCUCAUUGACUGAUUUUCCAAGGAAAUUCUUCUGAUCUUUGUUGCCGCCGUGCUCGUUGAUAAGUUGGGCAAUCCACAAAUCAUCAUAUUCCUGUUCGGUACUAUUCAGAUCUACGGCUACGCGGUUUUCGCCGCGUUUCCUAUCGUUUAUUUUCGGUACGGAUAUUUUGGUUUGGGGGAAAGUUAGGGUUACGCGCGAAGCGCGUCUAUGUCUAUGUCUAUGU